AUGGGCCUCCAACGGCGUCCACCCAGACGCCUGGCCUGUCUAUUUCUUCUCUGUCUCUCUACCCUCUCCACGGUCUCCCAGGCUACCACCAAUUUCGUGGAUGAUGGUUUCGAGGGGGAAACUGAUGAGGAAUACGAUCAACGAUAUGCCGAAUUUGUCACCACUGAAACUGAACGGGGCCUGUUCCCCUCGAUUUUCAACCUGGCCACAAAUGCCAUGAUUUCUUCAACGGCCACUUGUGGAGAAAGAGGACCCGAGGAAUACUGUAAAUUGGUCGAACAUGUGCUGUGGAGGAAGACGCCUGGAAAUGGUGCUCCCCAAUGCGACACGUGCGAUGCAAAUGAUGCGAGACGGAGACAUCCGGUUGAAUUCGCGAUUGAUGGCACAAGAAGAUGGUGGCAAAGCCCUUCGCUUCACAAUGGAUUGGAAUACGAGAAGGUGAACAUCACAAUUGAUCUCCGUCAAGAAUAUCAAGUCGCGUAUAUGGUGGUGAAGAUGGGGAAUGCACCUAGGCCCGGAUCUUGGGUUCUGGAGAGGUCGCUCGACGGCGAGAACUGGCAAGCCUGGCAGUAUUUCGCCACCAACGACGCGGAAUGCGUGCGACUUUUCGGAAUUCCAGCCACGGCCGGCGUUCCAAGAUUCCAGGCUGAUGAUGAGGUGCACUGCACGUCCGAGUACUCGAAAUUGACCCCGCUGGAGUAUGGUGAGAUCCAUAUCUCUCUUGUUAAUGGAAGACCCGGCGCCAAGGGACCGUCACUCGAACUGCAGAAAUUCACGCGUACCCGUUUCGUGCGUCUGCGUCUCAUCGACCUGCGUACACUCAAUGCCGAUUUGUUGAUCGUCAACUCGAGGGGGCACAAGCUGGACAAGAGUGUCACUAUGAGAUAUUUCUACUCGAUCUCCGACAUUUCAAUUGGCGGCCAGUGUAUCUGUUAUGGACAUGCGGAGAGUUGCCCGGCCGAUCCUGUGACUGGGCAAUUCCAAUGCGAAUGCCGUCACAAUACCUGUGGAGAAUCAUGCAAUAAAUGCUGCCCACUCUUCAACCAACUCCCAUGGAAACCCGGCACCAACGCACAGCCGAAUAUUUGCCAACAGUGUCAGUGCUUCUCCCAUGCUGACGAAUGUGUCUAUGAUGAAGAUCUGGCUCGCGAUCAGCUCUCGGUGACGCCGGAGGGCGUUUUCGAAGGGGGUGGACGGUGUCUGCAAUGUCAGCACAACACGGAGGGAAUCAAUUGCGAGAGAUGCCUGAAGGGAUACUACCGUCCAUCCGGAAUGUCACACUAUCGAGAAGAUGCCUGUAGAUCGUGUGAUUGUGAUGAGACGGGGUCGGAGAGCGAGGAAUGCAUUCGUGAUGAUCAAUCGGCCAUUAAUGGGAUGGCUCCCGGUGACUGUCGUUGCAAGCCGGGCUUCGGAGGGCGGCGAUGCGAGAGAUGUGCGCCUGGAUACCGUAACUACCCCCAUUGUGAGCCAUGCCCGUGCAAUCAGGCUGGAUCGCUCAAUUUCGAUCACUGUGAGCACGAGAAAUGCCAAUGCAAAGCGAACGUCGAGGGUCUGUAUUGUGAUCGUUGCAAACCGGGCACCAUCCAUCUCUCCAAGGAAAACCCCCAAGGAUGUCAGCCAUGUUUCUGUUUUGGACUCUCCACAAAUUGCACAGAGAAGGAAUGGACUACUGGAAAGAUCCAAAAACAACUCGGCUGGCAGCUCACAGACUUGAGUGGAGGUCGAGAGGUGGCGCCGGACAAUGAAAAUGGAGAGGUGCUAAUGUUCAACGCGAAUCAGAACAAAGAUCGUUCCCUCUACUAUUGGAAAGCCCCGAAAGCCUACACGGGAAACCUAUUGACAUCUUAUGGAGGAAUUCUACACUAUUACGUGUAUUUUGUCCCGACUGACAGCUCGGAGACGAUCCCUGUCGCUGAUGUCGUCAUUGAAGGCCAAGGAAUCAAACUGGAGCACCACUCCCGGAUCCCAUUCCACCCGAGAGAGAACGUGACGGUACAGAUUGCCCUUCGAGAAGGAGCCGGAUGGUAUAAUAGUCAAUCGAGGAGACCCGCUGAUAAGGCUGACGUGAUGCGUGCCCUAUCCGGUGUCUCUCUAUUCCUCGUCCGUGCCAUGUACAAUCAGAAUCAACUCCAGAGCAGCAUCUUCGGGCUCACGCUUGAUAAGGCAGUUGCGAGGACCAAGGGAAAUGCGCUAACCUCGGAUAUACUGAUGAAAUCGGUGGAAGUGUGCGAAUGCCCCGAGGGAACAUCCGGGAACUCUUGCGAGUCUUGCCCCCAUGGCUAUCGUCGUGUCGACAAUCAACUCUUCAACGGACGAUGCGAGAAAUGUGACUGCAAUGACCACGCCGAUUCUUGUGAUCCAUUUACUGGCGAAUGCACUGAUUGUCAGCACAACACGACCGGCUCACGCUGCGAGAUGUGCCUCCCCGGCCACUACGGUAAUCCGUCGCUUGGCGGGGAAUUCGGGUCUUGUCAACCGUGCGCAUGCCCGACGCUCGACAACAAUUACAGCAAGGAGUGUGCGUUGGCUCAGCUGGUCGUCUCCGGUUCGGCCGCCUCGACUCAAGAUGCCUACGUUUGUACGGCUUGCGAACCUGGAUACGAAGGGAAUAAGUGCGAAAUGUGCGCCGAUGGGUACUGGGGAGAUCCUCUUGAAGUCAACGGUACGUGCCUGGAAUGCGAGUGUAACGGAAAUAUCGAUGCGAUGGCUAUUGGAAAUUGUGAUACGAAGACGGGAAAAUGUUUGAAGUGUAUUGGACAUACGACUGGAGAGGAGUGUGAGAAAUGCCUUCCCCAUCACUUUGGCUCUGCCCUGACCCAUACUUGCCACCCGUGUGGAUGUCAUCGGCAAGGAGCUGUAUCGCUGGAAUGUCAUGAAGGCAGUGGCGUGUGCGAGUGCAAAGAUCACUACAUCGGCCGUCACUGUGACCAAUGCGAAGAGGGCUAUGGUGAUGUGGAUAAUGGAUGCGAGGAGUGCGGGUGCGACGCUACCGGCUCGGUUGGAUCAGAAUGUGACCAGGUUUCCGGCCAGUGCACCUGUAAACAGGGUGUCUUCGGAAAACGUUGUGACCAAUGCCGCCCUUCCUAUUUCCAAUUCUCGGAUUCUGGCUGCCAAUUCUGCAACUGUAACACCUAUGGAUCGAUCGAGGAUGGAAAGUGCGACAACGUGACGGGCGCUUGCCAAUGCCGUUCAUGGGUUGAGGGACAAAUGUGUGAGAAAUGCGUCGAGGGAUAUUUCAAUAUUUCCUCCGGAAAUGGAUGCCAACCCUGUGAAUGCGAUGAUACUGGAGCUGAGGGCACUGCCUGCGACCUUGUUUCCGGCCAAUGCAAAUGCAAGCCGGGCGUGACCGGGCUGAAAUGUGAUCAAUGCGCGCCGAACCAUUGGGGAUUGUCGGAUAAUGGGUGCAAAGAAUGUGCCGUCUGCCCGGCCGUUGGUCAAGUGUGUGAUGCGGUAACUGGAGAAUGUGUCUGCCCACAGAAUACCGAGGGAGAAUUGUGCGAGAGAUGCUCGGCUGACAGCUGGGAUUAUCAUCCAUUGAAGGGCUGCAAAAAGUGUGAAUGCUCGAAAAUCGGAGCUGCCGGCAGCAAGUGUAACCCCAGGAAUGGACAGUGCGAAUGCAAAGAGGAGUUCGUCGGACUGAAAUGCGAUCGAUGCUCGCAUGGAUUCUUCAACUUCCCAAUUUGUGAGCCAUGCGCUUGUCAGCCAGAAGGGACAGAUCCUCUGCAAUGUCGUGAAGGGCUGUGUCUCUGUGAUGAGCAAGGGAAAUGCCCGUGCAAGAAAAACGUCAUCGGAGCCAAGUGUGACCAAUGUCGUGACGGUGCCUUUUCGCUCGACUCCUCGAAUACGUUGGGCUGCACGGAUUGUUUCUGCUUCAAUCGAUCAUCAACUUGCCGGCAGGCUAACCUCGCCUGGAAGCAAGUGUACGCAGAAGAACAAUCGGCCGUCUUCCAGGAACCCUGGGAAUUCUACACCCAAAAGCACAACAUUCGCUUACUACAGGAGCAUUCCGGAACCCCGUUCAACUCGUACCCAACCGAUGAUACCCCUCUAUAUUGGCAGCUUCCCAAGACAUUCCUCGGCGAUAGGACUGCCUCGUACAAUGGAUUUUUGAGAUUCAAGAUCUGGAACAACGACAAUCGCCUCGGCGUUGAAGGUGUUCGGCCAAACCCAAAGGUGUUCCGCUACUUUCCGCAGGUGAUCCUCGUCGGGAACAACCGAAUCGAACUCGAGCACAUCCCAUUCGAUAUCAGCGAUGAUGGAAAGUACAAGGUCCGGAUGCAUGAAUCUGAAUGGCGAAGCCGGCAAUCCCCCGAAGUGGCCGUCAGCCGGAAGCUGCUCAUGGUCGCCCUUCAGAAUAUUCAGGGCGUGUAUAUCCGUGCUUCGUACAACUACCCGUCUCGUGGGGAUACCAUCUCCAUUGCAGAGAUUUCCCUCGACGUGGCUUCAGAAGACAGCCACGGUCCCGUGGCACUUGGCGUCGAGGAAUGCAUCGACUGUCCCCAGGAGACUGGCGUUUGCAUGGACUGCGCCGACAACACGUGGGGAGACCGUUGCGAGUUGUGUCUGGAGGGAUAUGUUGGAGACGCUACGAGAGGAGGAGCGCUGGCUUGUACGAAAUGCGCUUGCCCGCUUGUCGACAACUCGUUCAGCAAAACCUGCGUGCCGGUGGAAUACGGUAGAGGAUACCUCUGCGACUCGUGCAAACCCGGAUAUACUGGACAGUACUGCGAGAGUUGCGUAACCGGAUAUUACGGCGACCCGUCCUCAAUUGGCGGCCAAUGUAUCGAAUGUGAUUGUCAUCCAGAUGGUUCUCUCCAUGGUUCUUGCCAUCCAUUGACUGGAGAGUGCGAGUGCAAACCGGGCGUGACAGGCCGUGACUGUUCUCGUUGCCAGGAACGCCACGCUUUCAUCAACCGGAAAUGCACUUCUUGUGACCAGGGCUGCUACCUGGAGUUGAUGCUGGAUAUUGAUGAUCUGGAGGAGACGCUGGCUGAGCAGAACUUCACCAACCUGCGGCCAAUCCCUUGGAAACGCGUGGGUAGUAUUGAGAACAGCACUGCACUACUCCGCGAAUUCGUCGGUGGUCUUGCUGUUGACCCAUCGGAUCUGAACAUUCUCGACAUCCAGGGAAAGAGCAAAUACGCCAGAGAAGCCGAUGCGGUCGUCGAUGAGGCGAAUUUUAUGGGAGAACGAGCCGCCCGUGCCGAGCAGGACAUUCUGAAUUACACGACCAGGGCUGAAGGGAUAUCUCGAGAUGCACAGGCUGCAUUCAAACAAUCAUUCAACACCACGCAAUUCUUGAAACAUUUUGCGAGAUACGGCGGAAUCUCGGUGGGAGCCGGACAAGUCGAACUCUGGGCUGCUGAGGCUGAGGCUCAUCAAAAUGCGACCAUUGAAAGGGGCCGCUAUGUGGAGAAGAGACAUGGAAGAGUCCAGGGCGCCAAGACAAAAACCGACGAGCUGAUGAAGAAGGUGCUGCAGCUUAAGCUCAACGACACGGCAUUUGAGGAGAUCAAUCAGCGCCUCGUCGACGUCGAAGGGCUCGUUGAAGAUUUCCGGACGACCGUAUAUGAAAAAGCAAAGAAGGACGGGGCUGAUGCAUCGAGAAUGAGUACCGUAGUAUCGAAGCGAAUCGAGAGAUAUCGAGAGGUUGCCGGGCAGAUUGAUACGUUGAGGGCUGAAGCGGAGGAUGCGUUGAGCAAUGCCCGUUCGGAAGUGUCCCAAGCCCGUGAAGGCCAACUCCUCGAUGCCUACGAUAGCUAUCAGAAGAUCAGAGAUAGUCUGGCGGCCGCUGCUGAACACGCCAAUACACUCACCAAUCUGUCGAACAGCUACGCCCAACUGACCGACGAGUACGAUGACGCCUAUGUACAGCCGUCAUCAAAACACGCAAUGGAAUUGGCAAAACAUUCGAGGAGAGUGGGAGACGCCUUCCGAACGACGAAAGCGGAAGCGGCAAAUCCGUUGAAGGCAUCGGCGGCCUAUGAUGAUAUUGUUGGAGCGUUGAGGAAUGCGACGAUGGCUGUCGAAAAGGCGCAGGAGGCCGUGACCGAGUCGCACAAUCUGGCCGUCGGAUCUGGUGAAGAAGAAAAGGAGAAGGGAUUGGCGGUUCUGGUGGCGGGCAGUCAAGAGAUUUGGUCGUCAGAAGAUCUGGCUGCAAAGGGGAAAGCUUUGAAGGAAAGGCUGAGUCUUGUCAAUGAGCAGAUCAUCGAUAUGACGAGGAGGAAGGACGCUAUUAGACCCCAGCUCGAAAACUUUGACGAUCAACAUGAGAGGAUGGGUGGCCUGCAACAGAUGGCUAUUGGCGAACAGACCGACAAACUGGCCAAUUCGACGGCUGAAGGCAUCCGCGAAGAGAUCGACAAGAUAACCCUGGCCCGAAGCGAGCUGUCAUCAUCGUCAGAUAACCUGAGCCGGACUCGGAAUGAAAUGGCGAUAAAUGGGGAGAGAAUGGCUGAUGUCGAGAGGAGAAUUGCAUUGCUGAAGGAGAGAAUCGAAGAGACGAGGGAGAGAGCUAGACAGGUUCCCCUCGCCCUGCGUGCCGAUGAACGUGGCCACUGCCGUCGUUCAUACAUCUCCCCGGCCGCGCCCUCAUCUGCCAAUCGUUUCCACGUAAAAUUCCGCCCUCUAAAGGGAGUCCCGGAUGCUGUUAUUUUCUCCACACGAACGAAAGGAAGAAGGACACAGGCCAGCGAAUACGUUGCUGUUGAGGUUGUUGACCGUCGUGUUGUUGCCCAUUGGAACAUCGGAGGCGGGAAGAAGAAGGUGACCAACACGCACCCCAUCAAUUUCAUCCCACACUCCGAUCGGGCGGCCACCGGAACUUGGUACCACAUUGACGUCUCGCGUACCGGCGACUCGGUGAAUCUUACCGUAUCCCUUCGCGAGUCGACAAUCGGAGAAGGAUCCCCAUUCCGUUCGGAUCCAAUUUCCGUCUCUGCCGGUCAACAUUCCUCAAGUGGAGACUCCAUCUUCAAUACCGUACCCGGGGAGACCGAACUCGCUUUUGGGACGACGAAGGAGGAGGCGAAAGAACUCGGCCUUGCCUCGUCGCAAUUCAAGGGGAUUAUAGGAGGCCUUAGGGUCGAUCAGACACCGCUCGAGCUGUGGGCGUUCCAAGAGUCGACCCAAGAAUGUGAGGGCGCUACCCCGCCACCAAAUUCGGCGCCUCCAGCCCAGCACUUCCGCGACGGCUUCGCGGUGAUCAACCUGCCAGUCAGCGAGCGUACGGUUGCGUCACUUACCGUAGCCUUCAGCACGUACUCGACGGAAGGAUUACUGUACUUCCGCGGAGACGAGCACAGCCGCGAUUUCUUGGCCCUCUACAUGGAGAAGGGGCACAUUGUAUUCAAGAUAAAUGUGGGCGGGGCCUCGUCGGCCGAGAUUCGCUCCGGCAGUCCGUAUUCCGAUGGACAACAGCAUACGGUGAAGGCGAUCAGGAAUGGAAUGGAAAUGCAUCUACAGGUGGAUUCCGAUGCAGAUAGGAGAAGUACAGUAAUCCCGGGGCAGAACACGCAGAUGAAUAUUCAAGGAGAUGCCCACUUCGUUGCGGGAGUUCCUCCAGAAUACCGUACCUCGGCCUUUGCCCACCAUGCAAUCCAGUGGCGAGGAUUUACUGGCUGUAUUCUGUCAGUCAAACCGACCCAGGUGAACGACCUGAACAUCGGUUCCCCGCUCCGCUCCCUGCGUCGAUCGGCUGGCUGCCGUCUCCAACGAGGACAUCUCGAGGCGGAUGGAUUGAUCGGAUUCCCGACACCCGGAUAUUUCGUUACACAAGGAUUCGAGAUUACGACAAAUUCCUCGAUAUCCCUCACGUUCCGAACUCGCGAAGAGAACGGGACACUCCUCUUUACAUCGGCUCAACUGCCGGAGCAACGGCAGAGGAGACAGGCCAGGCCGUUGGGCUACUUGGCGCUAUAUCUCUUCCGCGGCUACAUCGUCGCCCAUUUCGGGUUGGAUCCGGUGAUGCGGGAGAGUGCCGUCACCAUCAGAUCGCCAUUGGCGUACAACGACGGAAAUGCGCACUCGUUGUUCUUGGUGCGAGACGGAGACAACCUCCGUAUGCGUAUCGAUGACCGUGAAGUGGGCGUGGCCACGUUGGCCGAUGAGGCACCAGUUGGCGGCAAUUCACUACCGCUGUAUAUUGGAGGCUUCCCGCCCGGAAUCGAGCCCCCGUCAGCCGAGAUCCCGACGGCCGUCUCCCUCAUCGGCUGCAUCUCCGAUUUGACGCACAACUUCAACCGUCACCCGAUCGUGCUACGUCAUCAGAAGGCACUGCUCGGUGCAUGCUCCCUGCAGCAACCACAUCUACUCAUCGACCACACAAUCGAUAUCGACCCACCGGCCUCUGACCGGAAACAAUCCCCAAUCCAAAUCGACCCAGAAAUUGGGCCAAUCGAGGUGAUGAGGGAUGAUGCGAAACCCCUUCCAGUCGACCGUGAUACGUGCACCCUGAUCUCAUCUGGCCAACGAUCUGAGGGUGCGGCUCGUUUCGGAGUCGCCAAAUCGUCGCAUUCCCGAAUCAAUUUCGACAAAGAUUCAACUCCGGAUAUACACUCGUUCUCCCUGCACUUCGAAGUUCGAACAGAUGCCUCCGAAGGACUACUCUGGACAUGGGCAAACUACAAGAAUUAUACACGCUAUUUCUUGCUAACCGUCGAACAGGGAUAUCUCACUUUCCACAUCAAGGGCCACCGCGAGCCUCGCCGUGCCAUAUUCUCGGAUCGACGUCUCGAUGAUGGUCAAUGGCAUUCGAUUCGUCUCGUCAAAACAGAGCGAGAUGUUUUGAUUGAAGUGGAUGAGGGUCUGUCGCCAUUGAGGAUCACUGAAUGCCCACAUCCGAAGGUGAUGCGCCGUCGUAUGUAUGUUGGUGGUGUCAUCUCGGCACAUCGUCAUUUCGGCCUUUCUCUGCCACCCAGUCUCCCGGGUUGUAUUCGACAAUUCACCGUCGAUGAUAGAAGCUACCCCCUUCUAACGGAUACUUCUCGUGACGUCAUCCCUUGUUCUCUAUCACAUUCCAAGGGCGCCUAUGUGCACUCCGAAGGAUUCGCUGUAUUUGAGCCCUUGUCGAAGAUCCGUUGGGAGGGUACGGUACCGUGGAUCGAGAUGGAAGUACGGCCGAUUACUCAAAACGGAACACUUCUUGCAUUGAUGGCCAAUUCGAACCCGAGAGAUCGGAUGGCAUUGGAAUGGAAUGAGGGAAUGAUGCAAAUCUCGGUGUUGCACGGCGAAUCCGGGAUGGAAGUGCGUGAUGUUCUACCAACAAUUCGUCCCCUAUGCGAUGGUGAAUGGCACACGAUAAGGAUUGAUCUCCAUCCACAGCAUCUCGGAGUUACAAUUGAUCGCGAAUCCCAUACCGUACCCGUCCCAUUCACCUCGACAACCCGGCAAUUCUUCACAAAACUGCCGCUCAAUAUCGCUGGAGUGAAUGCAAUCGCCGCAAAAGAGUCGGGUCUAUCGCCCUCCCUAACUGGCUGCUAUCGUGAAUUGACCAUCAACGGAAAGGCCCUCUAUUUCGAGCAGGCAUUGAAGGCGACAAAGGUGAUCAUCGACGGCUGCCCGUUCGCC